GGAGGAAGGCACGGGAAGAUAAUCUAGCAAAUGGAGGAAGGAGAUGACUCAAAUCAUCUCGUGACUUAAGCGAGGCAUCAUCGAUAAACAUCUCCUCAUCUCAAUUGCAAAGUCAGGAACUCUCUCCAAAAUCAGGACAAACAUCCAACAAACGAACCCUUGUUAGGCAACUGACUGGACUUUACGGAGUACAGAGCCUGUAUGCCGUGCAGUACAGUACCAAUGUUAGGCUAUACAGUGCAGAUGCACGCACUCAACCAGCCGGGACGUGUCCUAGAAAUCCGCCAUUCCUCCUUCGGGUCAUGGUCCUGAGACGUUCAGUGCCAGGGCACGUUACCUACUUAUUCGGAUUCAUCAGCGAUCAAGAAUAAAUGGGUCGUAAGCCAACACACGACGAGCCGAGUUUCAACAGCCUCGCACGCCUCGCUCCACCAAACACUGUACUGAGAUACAGAGGACAAGGGCUUCGUGGGGGAACCUGAAGGAGAGCACAGCUGGCUCUGCGUGGUGAUGAAAGAUUGGUGGGUGGUAACGUUAGGGGUCCUCCAGGCAUGGAGAGAAACGGAUCUGUGCUCCUCUACUCUGUACUUACUCCGUACAGCAGGCAAUGACCUCUAACGAAGCACGCAAGUGCGUUAAUUAUUCGGUCUUGGUCCGAGACCACCCUGAAAAAAAACUUCUCUGUUCUGUUGACGACCACUUCAUCGCCGCAGUCGAGACAACUCUAGUAAUCAAGCUUACAGACCUCUACUGACGCUACCCUUGAUCGACCACCAUUUCAGUGAGAUCCCAUCGAUCGGCGGGCAUCAGAAUCCGCCAUCCUGACUGAGAAACGAUUGUCGCCAAUCACCCCAGGAAGACCGAAUCGACGGGACGGAGGAAACAGCCCACCCAUGGUGUGACUAUGAGCUCGACAUGAGCUUCCAAAUAGCCAUUGCACCCUAGCUGUGGCCUGUCCCCGUGUGGUAUACCGUCACAACGUCUUCACACGCGCACCCUCUUGCUCACUCUAGUGGCCGAGCACUGGCCGAUGCACACUAGGGAUCUCAUCCGGGGCAGUCUUUGGCUCUGCUCCCCCACGAGAGACGUGUUGUACGGUCCGCGGAUAGGACUAGAGUCAUCUACUUCCUACUGUAGAGCGCCAUACCUCAGGCGCCAGUCCCCGAUACAGGUAGUCGGUUGUGUGUCAAAAUCUGGAAUGCAUCGCCUGGGGUUUUCAGCCACCUACCGUUGAAGUCGCCUCCCUAAGAGUGACCAACUUUUUCUGGCGCUGUCUGUGACCCGAUUGUCCGCCCACCGUUGACUUUACGGUAGCAAUGCUUUAAUUAAUGGCAACGCAACGUAUUGCUCAGUCUUUGCCGGCACCUUACUUGUCUCUUCCAGACAACAAUAAUAAAGUGCAGCCCAGAGAUACUAGGGCUGCAACAGUGUCACUGCUGGCUGCAUACAAGAGACACUAGGGGGUGUCUAUCGAAGGUUAAGCACGAGUCUGCGAGAUGAGGUCUGAGGCCGGGGCGAGGCGAGGCGUGUCUUCCACUUCUCACUUUCUCCCCCGCCGUGGCCCGAGUUGACAGGUGGUCCAAAAGUGGUCCGUCCCGCCAGGUUCCUGAUGUGGCCUCGAGUCCAAGUCCAUGCCUGAACACACUUCUUACCCCUGGCUUCUCGACAGCUCCACUGGUUGCGUAUUAAGGUCAGGCUCGGUACCAAAUAAGCCCCCCUCCCCACCUACGAGCAACGUCCGCCGUUAGUCUACCAUCCAUAUCCAUAUCAAGGCAGAACCGACUUAAGGUGAAGAUAUAUCCCUUUCGAUUGUCUCCUCAUCUACACUAUUAUCACAUUCACGACUCUCGACUCUGACUCAACCUGAUUGAAGCUGGCUGUGCCAUAUAACACAGACUACACAAGUUGACUCAAGUAUCGCUUCGCCACACCCUUUAGGCAUUUUUACUUGAAGUUCAGUAUUAUUUACACCACUUACACGCACUCAUAAGCUCUACUACGCCCUCAACAUCAACCACUCUGGAUACCACAACACUCUACCUUACUCAAUUGACAACUAUCGCACAAUGACAGCUGAACCAUCAUUACGGCGACAGCGGAAAGUUGUCAUCACUACAUCUCCAGCCCCAUCCGAUUCUGAUUCACGCCGCGACUCCUACUUCUCAGAAGUUUCUCAAUCAACGGCCCCUACCUCUUUCCACUCGGCUUCCGGGUCUAACAAUAAAUGCCUUGAUGCUCAAGGGAACAGACCUACCACAGCUAUGAAGCCAACAACCAUUGAGCGCAGAUUCGAUACUACCUCUUCUUCUAUCGCCACAUACGACUCGGUCCUGUCUGAGAUGGCACCCUUGUGUCGAGAUUUGCCAGUCGGCGGCGAUGAGGUAGAAUUUGAAACUGAGGAUGAGGAGGAAGAAGAGGAAGAAGAAGAGGAAAGCGGCGAUGAAGACGAUGACGAUGAUGACAGAGAGGAUGACCAGGAAGACGCCGACAAGGACUACAUUCUAUCCGACCCUGAGUCACUUCAUAUCCCUCCAGUGUUGCCUCCUUAUCGCGGAACCUCUAACGAACGCCCCUGUCGACCAUCUACACCUCAAGACUUUGGCCGUCUAUUCCCCUCACUGGACCGACUUGCUGUACGUCAUGACGAUUGUACUUCGGAUGGCAACAUGAAUCUCCGUGUUGAUACCGUUGUUCCUUUUGGACAUACACGGCGCACGCUUGCAGUUCAGCUAUUCCACCUGCGCAUGCACGAUCUGGCUCGCCGAGAGUUUUCUCUUCGCCGUUACUGCCGCGACUCUGGUCGAGAGGUUUGCAACUCUAAGCGUGCAUAUGCUCCAGCGCCCACCAGUACUGUCGCUGCAGCACGACCUGCCCUCCAAAGGUCAAUGAGCUCUGCUAUGCGGACAAUGGCUACUCCAUUUCACCGACCUACCUCCAGCAACUCUUCAAUCUUCAAGUUCGGCAAUGGUACCAACGCUUCUACAACUUCUGACAACGCCUCCGUAUGGUCCGGUUCGCAUCACACAGAGAAAUCAGACUCGCCAACUCCUAAGCCCAAGGCACGAAUGGUACCUACAAACAAAAUCAAGCUUGAGUUCAGCAACUAUGCUCGCGUGGAUAUUGCACGACGAGGUGGACGCACCAACAAGCGAUACGAGUUUGAGUGGUGGGGUCACACAUACGCCUGGAAGCGUGUAAUUGACAAGAACCUCAAUGUUGUCUCAUUUCACCUCGUCCGAGAUGGACAUGGCGCCCCCGUCGCUCAUAUCGUUCCUGAGAUGCGAAGUCCCAACCAGAUUCUAGACGAUGAGAUGGCUGGAGCUUGGGUUACCCCUUGCUACAUCUGGAUUAGUGACAGUAGCAUCAUCGAUGCCAUUACCGACGUGGCUGAUGUCAUCAUCGCCACCGGUCUUGUUUCUCUGGUCGACGACUGCAUCAAGGAGCGAUGGCAAGCUAAGAAACCGUCACACCGAGCUAUCCGCAGGGACACUGGCGACGUCAACCAUGCAAACCCUCGCUCGUUUAUGCACAGCUUCUUCCAGCGACGCCACUCUGAAGAACACUCUUCAAGCCGUGGCGCAUUAAGAUUCGGACGCAAGCCUGUCGCUGCGUAUUAGAGUCUAAGCAACAUCGGACAAAAUAUCGACCUUUAUACUUGAUAUUUCCUGUACGAACCUCUAUGGAAUCUUGAUUACUUCUAUUUCAAAAAGGAUACUAUAUGUUGGUUCAAGAUCACGAUUUUCGCACUUCUACUUUUCUUGUUUUAACAGACCUUUUAUCCCGUCACGAACAGACGGGCAUGUACAUAUUUGGACCUUUUCUUGUUUUGUUAUCUACUGUACUCACCCACCACAGUAUGGUUGGGCUGUGAGGUUUUUGGACGGACAUUUGCGGGAUACAAAAUAUCAUCCCCCACGAUUACAGCAUGCGAGGCGCUUGGGAGUUUUUGGAUAGGGCUAUGAGAAAUGGGAAAGCCCAACUUAGGAUUGAUGAUCUGGCCUGGCUUGGUAUUAACCGGUGUCUUUGUGUACCCCGGAUUGGACUACGCCUCUUAACCCCAGAUAUGAAAAUGGGCAUGGCUUGGAGAGAAUUGAAUCACUACAGAACUAUUGGAUUGUACGAGACACAUACAAAACUAGUUUACGCUAUGAUCAGACUGAAGCUGCACGAUUUGGAAGAGAUACAGUAUUGACCUGACACGAAGGCGAAAUUGACAGAGUUCUUGGUGAUAUUGUGCAAAAUUUUCUUGCAGCUGCAUGUCUACUUGGCCCAUUGGUAUAACUUAAAUGCUCAAGGUUGUCUGUCUCCAUCCCACUCAAUUGGGUUUGAUAGCGGGAAGAAAAAGCCCUCAUCCACCCCCAUCUGUAACCCCUGUCAAGCCAGCUCGAGAUGCAUCGGGGACGUGGGAAUCGUGCCAUCUGUAACGCCACAGAUGCGGGGGAAACGCCUGUCUCUUUUUCAUUUCUGCAGACGUGCCUUGGCAUGAGACAGUCUGCCAUUGACGUCCAUGUAAGUCUGACCAGCUCGUUAUCCUAUCCCACGCGAUAAUCGUCGAGACGCCAGAAGCGGUCGAGUUACAGUUGCUCGACAUCACCGUGGCCGUCUGGUCUGCCGAACCAUGUGCCAAAGUCGAGCUUCAUGAGCAGACGAUUGAUACCACCAACCCGUGCAGCUGUGAAGCCACCUCGUUCCUCUGCAUCGUCUGUGUCCCGGGCUCUGCCGUCUCGCUGAUCAUCUUCGUCUUCCUCAGUUGCAGUGGCGGGAGCAGUGUCGCCCUCCCAUUCGGCUGUGAAGAUGGGGUCAGACUCGAGGGCGCGAAGGGCGGCGACGACAUCUUCGAUGCCAGAGCGGACCCGGGACUCGAUGUCGUGAAGACGGCGCUUAACGUCACGCUCCUCAGACUCGAGGUCGACAAAGGCAUCGACUACGCCGGCAUCUGUCUCGAGGUCUAUUGAUGUAUAGAUAGCGUGAAGACGAUGUAGAUGGGCGACGAGGUGAUCAAUGUGGAUGAGGAGGUUAUAUAGAGGUUGGGUGAAUGUUGGCUGGGUGAGAAGCAGCCGAUGGAUGAGAGUACGAAGAUAUAGGCGAUGAGCUGUUGAAAGAGUUUGAGGAUCCUGGGGAGGCGUUGAAUCUCGUGCUUUGGGGGUAUCAUCUUGAGCUGUAGGCUUGUCAUUUUCUUUGCCUAGCCAUAAGUCAUCAUCCUCUUCCUCUCCCUCACCAUCAUCAGCACCCCCUGAUUCACCUUGUAAUUUGGUUGGUGUCGGUGCUCUAGACUGCCCAUGCUUGGGAUCAUUGGCUGUCAGCCACUCAUGGAAGCCCUCCCAUAGCCCAGCAACAAUCUCAGUCUGGAGAUAUGCUUCUGUUUCCGCUAGAAAGAAUAUAGCAGCACUUGCAGUUGUCCAAGAGCUACGCAUUGAAGACGACCGAGACGUCCAUCGCUUUCGGAGAAGGAUAAUAUGUUCUCGGUCACCUUUUGCGGUUGGAUAUUGACGUCUUAAGGACGUAAUCUUCCAGAGAUCCGUAAGUCGAAUGUGCGCUCUGCGCAUUGAUAGUAGAUAGGCGUUGAUGCAAGAGUAUAUCUGUAUGUCUGAUGGUGACAGUACCAUAUCCAGUGGUGGAGGAAUCUGGAUGGACAGCAAAGACGGGACAGAGAAAAGGAGGUUGCGAAAAGGCGACUCGGAUAAGAGGCUUGCAGCAUCACGGCUGAGACCCGAACCUGAGCCAAAAUUCGGAGUCGCCUUACUCUUGGUGAGAUUUAGCCGUAAAAGGUCUCGAGCAAGCUCAAGUUGUUCAUCUUCCUCUGCAUGUUGGCCCUGCAUAGAUGCUAGAACAGCCCACGUCCUUGCGAGAACCGCGGCAACUUCACCCUCUUUGACCGUCACAUUCUUCAGACCGUCACCCUUUUCGUAGGCCAAAUUGUCUGCUCGCCUCCAACGACUGCGUAUUUUUUCGUCUGCCUCGUGGGUCAACUGCAUUGCAAACUCACCACGACCGAGGAGGAAGAAAUCUCGCAAUAAUUGUAGCAUUUCCGUCACCUUGGCUAGCGGGAGGAGUUUCUGAAGCGUGUUUUCGGAUAGAGAUAUCCGGACCGCAAUGAUGGCUCUUGAAAAGCUGGUGCUUUUCAGUGGAAAGGAGAGGCUGGAUAAUUCUUGGAGCUUCGAUGAUAGGUGAUCUAGGCCACGAAGGCCUGAGUCAACGCUGCUCUUGACUCGAAUGUGAUUUAGAGAUUUUCCAAUGAAGAGCAUGGAUGAAGCUGUAGCUGGUGUUACGAAUGCUGGUAACAGACUGGACCGUGAUAUAUACUCCUG